CGAAACACGUCUAAGUUCCUUCAAAACGAAAAGCAGUGUUUGAAACGAAGUGGUUAUUCUCGACCACCUUUCCCUAUAAAUAGCCUCAAAACCAAACAAUCCCCACCCCCGCCUCCAUCUCUUUUCUCCUCAUUACAUCGUCACUCUAACCCUAUCCUCUCUUCUCUUCUCUUGUCUUCAUUCACCACCACACGUUUAAACCACACCUUUCAAUCUCUCUCUCUCCCCUCCAAUAUUCUCAUUCUCUCUGAUUUUCCCAAUUUCCAUGAAAGCCUCUGCCUUGAUUUGAUUUCAGUCCCGUCUACGUCUCUUCUUUUCCGUGCUUUUGAGGACCCAACAUGGCAAUUCCCUUCCCCCAUUUCAUCGCUUCGGAGAAAGCAGCCAUGGAAGCUGGUCUUCUCCUUCCUUCUUCUCCCUCUGUGAUUCUCACCCAAGACGAUUUGAAGAAGAUCGCCGCCUACAAAGCCGUCGAGUACGUUGAAUCCGGCAUGGUCCUCGGCCUCGGAACCGGCUCCACGGCCAAGCACGCCGUCGACCGAAUCGGCGAGCUUCUCCGACAGGGCAAGCUCAAGGAUAUCAUAGGAAUACCCACCUCCAAGAAGACCGAAGAACAGGCCCUAUCGCUUGGGAUUACCUUGUCGGAUCUCGAUUCCCACCCUGUCGUUGAUCUUGCCAUUGACGGUGCCGAUGAGGUUGACCCUUUUUUGAACCUGGUGAAGGGUCGUGGUGGCUCCCUCUUGAGGGAGAAGAUGGUGGAGGGUGCGUGUAAGAAGUUCGUGGUGAUUGUGGACGAGUCAAAGUUGGUGAACUAUUUGGGGGGCAGUGGUUUGGCUAUGCCCGUUGAGGUUAUACAGUUUUGUUGGAAGUUCACUGCUGAUAGGUUGCAGAAGCUGUUUGAGGAAUCUGGUUGUGUUGCAAAGCUCAGGACUUCUGGGGAAAAGGACGAACCUUUUCUCACGGAUAAUGGGAACUAUAUUGUCGAUUUGUAUUUCAAGAAGAGUAUUGGGGAUUUGAAGGCUGCCAGUGAUGCCGUUUUGCAACUUGCUGGAGUUGUGGAGCAUGGGAUGUUCCUGGACAUGGCUACCACUGUUAUUGUUGCAGGUGAACUUGGCCUAACCGUGAAGAAUAAGUAGUUGGAUCUUUCAACCAGAUAUUUAGAUGAAUAAUGUAGGUGAAAUGGAGGCAGGGUAGACUCAAGGUAGUUUCAUUGGUCAAGGUUAAUGCUUUGACACGGCCUUCUAAAUUCUAACACAUUAUAUAUGGUGUAGGGAGUGGAUGGGAGGUUGAGGGGUGGGGGUUCGUGAAAUCCUUUUAUUAUUGAAUACAAUUGUUGGGGAAAGUAUCUUAAUUCUCCUCUAGUUUUGUUUAUUUUUUAAACUUAGAUUUUGAGCCAGCAGAAAGAAAAUGGAGAGCUAAUAUUAAUCUCAUGCAAUGGCUGUUGUGUGGUGCCGAAUCAGUUGUCCGCGCAAUUUGUUGUUGAAUUGACAGUGUUUAACAUAUUGAACUUAUCCAAGUCCAAUUUUGUCCAUUUUCAACCUCUAAUUUGCCGUUAUGGAAUUGUAUGAUUAGUAUUUAGUCAUUAUAUAGCUGCAAAACUACCUUCUCUGUUGUUGUCAAUAUUUAUUUGUGAUUUAUAAACCGGUUUUAGCCAGUUGAAUCCAUUUAAUUACUGUUUGGACUUAAUGAUAAUCUGAUUAAUAGUUAAAGUUUUCACCUGCAACCUUAUUGUAGUUAUGCUUGUUAACUAGGACUCGUGUUUAAUUUACCUUCUGUGUAGCUUGUCACUUGUGCAGCGAACAAUUGUGGGGGGUAAUGUGUUGAAGGAAAAAACCGUAGUUAUCUAUUCAUUGACUGUCCAGAUCAUGUAAAUCCUGCUGAAUUUUUGGCUGAUCAUAUAUCCGUAGACUACAGUUCUGCUGAUAGUGUCUAUUCCUCUCAAAAAAGGAUUGAUGGUCUUGUUGAGUCAUUCUCACAGAGUUUCAACUGUAAUAUAUGCAACUCCAAUUACUAUAGAUGAUUUCUCAAAAAGUAGAAAGAAAAUUAGCAAGAGGACUGUAGCAAAGAAGUCGGGAGGUUGGUGGAAGCAGUUUCGGUUGCUUAUGUGAGACAGGAGGAUCUCUUUUUCUCACAGCUCACUGUGCGGGAAUCAUUGUCUCUUACUAUAGAACUCCAGCUUCCCAGUAUAUCUUCUGCUGAAGAGAGAGAUGAAUACGUGAACAAUCUCCUUUUCAAACUAGGCUUGAUCUAGUAAGACUGGAGGCAUGGGCUUCUAAUUGGAGGAGAUUUUUAAGCAUCCUCACAAAGUGGAGUAUCAAGGUGGAAUAAAGUUUUUGAUAGUGAAUUAACAGAUAGUUUGACUGAUAUGGUGGCAGGAGGAUGUAAUUUAGCAUGCUCAAAUGUAACAAAUAGUU